AUGACCUACGUGUCGCCGUUCGCGGCAUCGACAUCCAAAUCUGGCCAUGGCUCCAUAGUCAUCUCUCUCCUCCCGCCAGACAGACCUGUGCUUCAGGAGCUGUCCUACCAGUACCCGCUCAAGCUGGUGGCUCCAGAUCCUCUUCCUGCCCCGGACGCUCAUAGUGAUGAUGCGCCCUCACAAUCGAAGCUGGUACACACCGUCUUCCUGCUCACCUACGGCGGAGGCAUAGUCUCCGGGGAUUCUAUCCAUCUUUCGAUACGUCUGGAGGCGAACAGCAGACUCGUGCUAUUGACGCAGGGCUCAACCAAGAUCUUCCGGACCCUGGACCCAGGUCUCGUAUCAAUGCAACACAUGACGGCACAUGUUGUUCCAGAUGCCGCCCUGGUCUACCUGCCGGAUCCCGUCCAGCCUUUUGCACAAACUGCCUUCUCACAAUCGCAGAUUUAUAACCUAGAAGAGGGGCAGGGGAGUCUCUGUGUUUGCGACUGGGUGACAAGCGGUCGUUCUGCGAGAGGUGAGAAUUGGGACCUCUAUGAAUACAAGAGCCGGAACGAAGUGUGGGCCGUCUCAAGAACAUCCAACAGCCCUCAGCAGAGGAGGCUGCUCCUGAGAGACAACCUCCUUCUGGACGCCAAUGGCCAGACUGGGAUGCACUUCAGCGAACGCAUGGACGGCUACUCUGUGUUUGGCACUCUUAUUCUCUGCGGACCAGCCUUUUCUUCCUUGUCUAGAUAUUUCCUAGAUGAAUUCCAGGCAUUGCCCAGAAUAGGGGCAAGAGCGUGGAAAGAUCACGACGAGCCUGAGCCCUCGACACAUGAGAAAUGGCGAGCCGAGCGACAGGAGCGUGAGAAGAGGGAUGGGGUGAUAUGGAGUGCAGCAAGCGUGAGAGGUUUCACGCUCGUCAAAUUCGCCAGUCGAGAGGUCGAGGGCUCUCGCCAUUGGCUGAGGGACAUGAUCAAGGACGAAGGCUCAGUCGAGAAACAUUUUGGCGAGCGUGCAUUGCUUUGCUUGAAGUAA